AUCUUAAGUUUUUUAGUGUAAAAAAAAAAACUUUAAAUUUUUUGUUUAACCACAGUAAAAAAAAAGUUAAUGGAGUUUGACGCCUAAGUUGUUGGUUUUGUUUUGUUUUUCGAGGCAUCGAAAGUGUUUUUCGUUUCGUUUUUUUUAAAGAGUACCGCUUUUAAAAUGUCCACUUUUUUGCUUUAAUCCUGAGGACGGCUGCCUGCGUUUGUGGCCGAAACGUCGUGAGAAUUGUAUCGUUUUAUUGUUUUAUUAUUUCCCUUCUACGCGGCGGUGACUUUAUCUUGAAAGAACCACGAAUAUAUGGAAUCCCUGCGGUCACGAAAGCUUUACAUCGAAAAAAAAAAGUCGUGACAUAGUUUAGCCGACGGAGGGGCCUUAUCUGUUAAUAUUCCGUGUAAAAUAGUUGCGUUUUAAUCGGCUUUUUUGGUCGUUACUUUAUCAACGUUCGCAUAGCGAAGCAUUUUCUGAGGAAACGUGUUGUUGUUAAUUGUUGUUUAUCGAGUUAAUGGAACGUGCGUCUGAAUGUGUAGGCGCACCCCGAACAAGAAGCGAUUUCAGAUGAUCACCUAAUGGGUGCCCCCAUGGAGGCAAGCGAAGGCCUGCGUGCGUGGCUCACCUCGCUGGGCCUGCAGGCCUACCUUCCCCGCCUCGUCGACAACGGCUACGACGACCUGGACAUGGCCAGCCGCCUGGGGCACGCCGACCUCGACGCCGUCGGCGUGGCCGACCCGGGCCACCGCCGGGCCCUGCUGGACGCGGCGGCCGCUCUGCUGGCCGCUCCGUCGCCCUUGCGGGCCUCCCCCGUCACCUCCUCCUCCUCCUCCUCCUGCCGCUCCUCCUCGUCAACGGCAAACUCCGGUGCGGCUGGGGCGGCGGCAUCGUCGGGCCUUUACUUCACCCUAGAGCCACACGACAUCAGCCUGGAGGAGGUGGGAAAGUCCUCCGACCGUGUGCCGGGCGGCGGCGGCGGCGAAGGGGCCAGGAUCUCGCGGCUCAAGCUCAAGGCGAGGCUCUUGGAGCUGCUGGAGAGCGAGGGCCUGAGGCUGAGUCAGCCCAGGUUCCACGGGGAGGCCGGAAGCCUCCAGCUGCAGCUGCUGGCGCAUGCCUACUCCUCGCUGCUGGGCUCGGCCGUGCCACACGUCCUGGAGUCACUCAUAGACAUCCACAUGCGUCACGUGCAGGAGGAAGAGGAUUGUAAAGCCACGGACCUCAUCACAGACAGGCUGCAGACGCAGUCGGCCCGCCAGUCUCCGGAGCGGGUGGCCGUGCAUCGGAAGCUGUCCACGCCGGACACGCCCACGAGAGCCCCGCACUUGGAUCUGCCGCGCACGAGUUCCUUUCACAAGCCCAGAUCGGAUGAGGGGAAGAAGAAGAAAUCUUUCUGGACGAACUUCCAGAAGAGCCGGGAGGCCGAGGAGACUCCAGCCACAGGUUUUGUCGGCUUCGCGGCGGACGUGGGGGUUAGCGGAUCGGAGCGGGAGCAGCUGUCGCGGGCCGUGGGGGAGGGCAAGCUCACCAUCAGCCAGGCGCUGGCACAGCUGGAGCAGGGCAGGGGUCAGAGGGAGAGAGCGCCGAGUUUCACCUCACGGAGCCGCUCCUGGGAGAGCUGCUUCUCCACUGACCACGCGGGGGGCAGUCCCCAGGCACGGCGCCGUGCACCCCGGGAGCUGAUCAAGGUGGACGAUAAGCGUAGGGCGACCUGCCGCGACGUGUACGCACGCGUCGUGCGGACGCCGCGUGGCGGAGACCCCUCCUCCUCCACCUCCUCCUCCGCCACCUCCUCCGCCACCACCUCCUCCUCCGCCACCUCCUCCUCCGCCACCUCCUCCUCCGUCGCCAUGCCGACGGCGAGCGGCGGCGACGUGCACAGCGCGGCCACGCUGGAGUUCGACCGCUCCGCCGCCUCCUGGCGCUCGCAGCUCGCCCGUGAGUCUCCGCUGCCGUGGUCUAUCCACUGCUAGGCGGUGAUGGAGGCCUUGUCCCCCUAGCCUCCAUGAUCAUCGUCAUCAUCAGCCGUGGUCUAUCCACUGCUAGGCGGUGAUGGAGGCCUUCCGCUAGCCUCCAUGAUCAUCGUCAUCAUCAGCCGUGGUCUAUCCACUGCUAGGCGGUGAUGGAGGCCUUGUCCCCCUAGCCUCCAUGAUCAUCGUCAUCAUCAGCCGUGGUCUAUCCACUGCUAGGCGGUGAUGGAGGCCUUGUCCCCCUAGCCUCCAUGAUCAUCGUCAUCAUCAGCCGUGGUCUAUCCACUGCUAG